CUCACUCACUCACUCACUCACUCACUCACUCACUCACUCUCUCACUCACUCUCUCUCCCCGUUUCUCUCUCUCCCUGUCUCUCUUACUCACUCACUCCACCCCAGAGAGCAGGUUAAAAGGACGUGUCCAACUCUCUUAAACUUAUUAUACAUGCACAAACUCUCUUUAUUUUGAGAUGUUACCCUUAAUAAAAUCGAUAUGGAACCUGAAGAAUGGGAUAGUUCUUUUCUUCACUCCUUUGAUUCUUCUCCCACUCCCGCUGGUCAUCAGCACAAGGGAGGCCAGCUGUGCCUAUGUAAUCAUCCUGAUGGCAGUAUACUGGUGUACAGAGGCUCUUCCUUUAGCUGUCACGUCACUGCUGCCUGCUGUCCUCUUCCCUAUGCUUGGCAUCAUGCAGUCCAAAAUGGUGUGUAUGCAGUACCUGAAGGACACCAACAUGCUGUUUGUGGGUGGACUAAUGGUAGCAGUGGCAGUCGAACACUGGAACCUACAUAAACGCAUUGCCCUGAGAGUCCUGCUUAUUGUUGGAGUUCGACCAGCACUCCUGAUGCUGGGCUUCAUGGGGGUAACAGCUUUUCUCUCCAUGUGGAUCAGUAACACGGCUACUACGGCCAUGAUGGUCCCCAUAGUGCAGGCUGUUCUGGAGCAGCUGAACAAACAGGAGACAGAGCCUUUACAGAUGACCUGCGGUGUGGAGCGGCCCCGAACCCCUGAGGCGGAGUACAAACACGCGGCCAAAGACAGAGACAGACAAGUUGUGCUGCGCAUGCUGGAUGUUUCUCCAGAGGUCAGACAAAAGGAGCUGGCAGAGAAGCGUCAUAUGGCUAAAGGCAUGACUCUCUGUGUUUGCUAUGCUGCCAGUGUUGGAGGAACCGCCACACUCACAGGAACUGGACCUAACCUAGUGCUGAAGGGUCAGAUGAACCAAUUGUUCCCUGAAAACGGUGAUGUUAUCAACUUUGCCUCAUGGUUUGGUUUCGCCUUCCCCAACAUGAUCAUCAUGCUGACGAUUGCUUGGCUCUACCUCCAGUUCAUUUUCAUGGGAUUCAACAUUAGGAAGACAUGGGGAUGUGGGGCGGUGAAGUCUGAGAAGGAAAUAGCUGCCUAUAAUGUGAUCCGCGAGCAGCAUCUUCAGCUGGGGCCCAUGUGUUUUGGGGAACUCAGUGUUCUGGCUCUGUUCAGUUUGCUUGUGGCACUGUGGUUUACUCGAGAUCCUGGAUUUGUGGCAGGCUGGGCAACACACACCUUUAACAUCGAAGCGGAAUAUGUGACAGAUGCUACAGUUGCAGUCUUUAUUGCUAUGCUGCUAUUUGUUCUGCCAUCAAAACCACCCCAGCUGUGCUUCAGUUCUUCCACUGGCUCUGAAACAGAAUCUCAGCGUUCUUCUGCACCAGGCACAGCCCUGCUCUCCUGGAAAGUAGCUCAAAAGAAAUUACCCUGGAACAUUGUUUUGCUGCUUGGUGGUGGAUUUGCUCUGGCCAAAGGGAGUGAGGAGUCGGGUCUAUCCAGAUGGUUGGGGAACCAGUUGACUCCACUUCAUAGUAUUCCUCCAUGGGCCGUUGUGAUCAUCUUGUGCCUCCUGAUUGCCAUUUUCACUGAGUGCACCAGCAAUGUGGCCACAGCAACCCUCUUCCUUCCUGUUCUUGCUUCUAUGUCUCAGUCUGUUGGGAUCAACCCUCUGUACAUCAUGGUGCCCUGCACACUCAGCGCAUCCUUUGCAUUCAUGUUACCUGUGGCGACUCCUCCAAACGCUAUAGUCUUUUCCUAUGGAUACCUCAAAGUUUCAGACAUGGCGAAAACUGGCAUAAUGAUGAACAUCAUAGGGAUUUUCUGCAUCACCUUAGCCAUCAACACUUGGGGAAAAGCCAUGUUCAACUUAGACUCUUUCCCUGCAUGGGCCAACCAAACAGUAAUAUGAUGGACAGUACGAGGCCAAAUGCAGCCCGGCAAGCUGCUUGUUUUAAACACUAAGUUCAGCACAUUGAACACAGAGAAACUGAUGUCUCAGAAGACUAUUUGGGGCACAUAACUAACUAACCAGCCACAUAUCUUCAUGUAAUUUCAAAAGAUUUGGGUCAAUAAUGUUUAGUGGAAAAACUAUUACAGUUUAAAACUACUCAUAUUUUAGUUUUGUGAUGUCAUAGCUGAAUUUUCAUCACGUCUUCAUCACGUGAUCCUUCAUAAAUCAAUCUGAUAUGCUGAUUUGCUGCUCAAGAUGAAAACAACAGCUUUUUUUUAGCCAUUUUACAUUGUUGUUCAGGAUUUUAUUUCAUUUUAUGAUGAACAAGGUUCAACUGAACAGCACUUAUUUGAAGAUUGAAUAUUAGAACAGACUUUUAUAAUAAUGUAAAAAGUAUCCUUGCUAAAUGAAAGCAUUAUUUAGAAAUAUGUGUGCAUGAACACAUUGUUAGCAGAUUUGUAUUUUUAUAUGAUGAAUAACUUUUUGUUAAAAAAAAAAGUUUACCUAACAAAUAUAGUGACUAUAAAAGAAAGCAGAGAAAGAAGAAGUGGAAUCAAUAAGUGAGCAGUUUAGAUGGUUGAAACGUUUAUAUAUUUCCAAAUAUAUCUUUCACAUAUUGUUCUGAUAAUAUCCUAAUAUCUCAGGACCAACUGAUUGAGAAAUCUUUUCCUCUGAAUUUCUCUGAAAAACGUUUGACUGCAUUAUAUCUCAGGGCAAAUAAAAGUCUGCAAUCCCCUACAUUUAAAUAAGCAAAUACCUCAUGGUUUAAACAAAUCAAUAUCAUAAGUAACAAAUGACAUGCUGAAACAUAUAAACAUUAUAUACAAAUUCAGCACAUUAUAAGCAACAAACUGCAAGAGGAAAAUUAUUUUACAAGAUCAAUGGUGAAGUGCAAUUUCAGAAAUAUUGUUUUUGCUGAUUUCCUUUCUUUCAUGGGUGUCUCCUGUUUUGAGCAGAAAGACAAUUAUAAUUCCUUUGUGUUUUUGCGAGUUAACAGUUCAUAAUUGUGCAGCUUUAAUUCUAUUUGUAAUGUUUGAAUCGAGUCCAUACACCAGUGUUCUCAAACUCAAUUUCUGGAGGGCCACAGCUUUGCAUAGUUUAGCUCCAACCCCCUCCAACUGACACCUGCUUAAGAGUCUCUAGUAGU